AUGGCCAAAAAAUAUGAGGGACCUGCUAUUGGAAUCGACCUUGGCACGACUUAUUCAUGUGUUGCUGUAUGGCAAGAGCAAAACAACCGAGCAGAGAUUAUCCACAAUGAACAAGGAAACAGAAUCACACCUUCUUUUGUUGCUUUUACUGAUUCUCAAAGGUUGAUUGGCGAUGCUGCUAAAAACCAAGCUGCUUCAAAUCCAGCCAACACUAUAUUUGAUGCAAAGAGGUUAAUUGGAAGGAAAUACAGUGAUAUCACUAUUCAGAAUGAUUUACUGUUGUGGCCCUUUAAGGUCAUUGGUUUUAAUGACAACCCAAUGAUCCUUGUUAAUUACAGAGGUGAAGAAAAAAGCUUUUCACCAGAGGAAAUAUCAUCUAUGAUCCUCACGAAAAUGCGGGAGGUCGCAGAGAAAUUUUUGGAGACACCUAUUAAAAAUGCAGUGGUUACAGUUCCAGCCUAUUUCAACGAUUCUCAGCGAAAAGCCACCAUAGAUGCUGGUACCAUUGCAGGCUUGAACGUAAUGCGGAUAAUCAAUGAACCAACUGCUGCUGCCCUUGCAUAUGGCCGCCUUCAAAAAAUACCUCAUUGUGUUGAAGAUAGAAACGUUUUCAUCUUUGAUCUUGGUGGUGGAACUUUUGAUGCAUCUCUCCUCAGAAUUAAGAAUAAUGUAUUUCAUGUUAAGGCUGUUGCUGGAGACACUCACCUCGGAGGAGAGGACUUUGACAACAUAAUGAUGAAUCACUUCGUAGAGGAGAUCAAGAGGAAGAACAAAGUGGACAUAAGUGGAAACCCAGGAUCUUUGAGGAGGCUACGAACUAGCUGCAAGAGGGCGAAAAGGAUCCUUUCUUUUUCCGAGAAUUGA